AUGAAGUAUAAAGGAAAAGGUGUUGAAGGUUCUGAAAAUCCUGUUCCUAUAUCUGCUGUGUCAGCUAUCUUUGAAGAAGAUGUGUUACUUGAAGAUAUUACUGCUGAAGAUGAUGAAGAGGAUGAUGACGAAGAGGAUGACGAUGAAGGGGAUGAUGAUGAAGGGGAUGAUGAUGAAGAGGAUGAUGAUGAAGAAAAGGUAUUCUCUGCUAGCAGUCACAGUGAUGACGAUGGUAAUGAUGAUGAUGACGAUCAGGGUGGUACGGGUGUUACUGUUACUGAAGCAUCAAAAGAGCAAAAUGUUGAUGAUUUAAUGCAUGAUGAUGCAAAUGAAGAUCAUGAUGAUGAUGCUGAAAGUGAGGGGGAGCAAGUGAAUGAUGAAAACGUUGAUAAAGUUGAAAAGUUAAUUUUACGUUUAGAGCCUGAUGUAGAGGAAGGUGAAUACAGGCAUACGUAUACAAUGACUGAUAUUAAAGAAAUGACACCUAUGGUAGAUCCUGAUUUCAAGUUCAAUUUUGAAGAAGAAUUGAAUGCUUUCGAUAUCAACCAACAACCUGAGUAUGAAUACACGUAUGUUGAAGAGGCAGACGUUUAUGACAGGGUUGAGGUUGAGGAUUGUACAGAUGAAGAGAAUGUGAAUGAAGAUACUUCAGAAUUUCCAACUCUGGUUGAAUUCUUUAGUGAAGAGAAUAGAGAUGAACUGAGAAGGAAAGUUGCUGAAAUUUUGAAAGAUAAAAACUUUGACGGAACGACAAAAGACCCACAGAAAGAAGAAAGAAAGAAGUGGUUCCGUAAAGAUACAGAAAGGAAGUUCAAACGUCCUUUGAAGUUUUACAAAAGAGAUAGAGAUGUUUCGCUGGGUGAUAUCAUUAGCUGGGGUUUUCUACCUCAUGUUAAUGCAUAUGCUAUUCGAAGAGAAUACGAAGAGUUGUCUAAGGGUAUCAAUGCUGAAAACAAAUGGAACUCAAAGUGGCGAAAGAUUGAAGAGGAAAAGAAGUUAAAGAGAGAGAAAGAAUGGAAGGCACAAGAAGAUAAAGACAAUAUGCUGAGACAUACUCUAAACCAGAGAAUGGCAGCUAAAGAAAAGCAAGCAGUGGAACCGAAUGAGAAGCUUAGGAAGAUGUUGGCACGAAAACCUAAGCAGAGGGAAGAAACUUUCAAGUCGCUGUGA